GCUUUUCUUCUUCUUUGGAUGGGUGGGGCUACGUACCUGAACGAAACGAAGCGUUUUUGCCCAAACGUUGUGUGGUUGUUCUCUUUUAGAAAUGGCCGUGUAUUUGGAGCUUUAAGUAACUUGGCGUCAUCAACUUGACGGUAUGAACCAUCAGCCCCGUACAAACCGGGGGCACCGGGAUAGAAACGGGGAUCCAGGGGAGCACCGACAACACAGACACGACCGGGACCCACAUGCUCAGAGACCACCGCCAAGUGACAGGUCCUCUUCCCGGCCUCCAUACUACCCCAGGGACACCACGCCCCCUCCCAAACAUGCGCGCGACGUACCACGAGAGGAGCACCGUGACUCCAAAUGCACUCACAUCUGCUCAAGGAGAGGAAUUGUGCUUAUCUGCUCUGUGCUGACCAACAGCCUGGUCCUGAUCUGCGUGGUGGCAGCUCAGAUGGUGACCUCGGGUAUCUCUGCCAUGGGCGGACUUGGCAGCUUCAACAUCAACUCAAACUUCAACCUGCAGGGCACCGAGCUGAAACAGGUGCGUGACUUGGACAUGCAGUACAGCCAGAUGAGGGCCCCUGGCAUCUACGGAGGCAUCACCUUCAGCCUCACUUUCGGGGUCGUCUCGCUGCUGUUUGUGGUCUCCGGAAACAAACCUCCCCACCUGCUGCCACAAAAGCUCCUGAUCGGAGCAGUGGUGUUCCAGGGGGUGGGAGCAGCGGCGUACGUGGUGGCCGUGGGGCUCUACCUGCAUUUCGUCAUUGGGGUCAAUUCCACAGAGGUGUGUCAGCGGCGAGAGCGGAUUUACGCACGCAACGGCUACACCUGGAUGAACUGUGACGUGGGUGGGGCGGACGCGGCCGUGGCUCUGUUCGGUCUCUUCACUGCCAUUCUGUACGCUGCUGGAACGGUGAUCACGUUCCAAACCAUCCGUGGAGUGAAACGCUUCCUCCGGGAGCGUAAACAACACGAGGCGGAGAGACGGCAGCCCAGCUCCAGCCCGCAAAGGGCGCCGUUGCGGCCCGAAACAACCGCUGUGUGAGGGUCAAGAAUGGACUUUGCAGGGACUGGGCCUGUUUUGUGAUUUUAUUUUUUUCUUUCUCCUUCUAAUGAGCUGUGAAUGCGGUCUUUUUUAUAUCAUGUUUCCGUGUCCUUGCAAAGCCUGUGCGUUGCGAAGGGUUUUGGCAUAAAAAUGAUUUAAACUUAAAGCUGUGUUAUAAUUGAACAUGUUUUUUUUUUUUUAAUCAAAGAGACUUUAAGUGGAAAGUUUCUGAUGUUGCAGUCCAUUUUUUUAGGUUGUUUUCCAGUACAUUCGUUUAUCCAAAUAAAUCUGUAUU